UUUGCAUCUCCUGUUCCUCUUUUGGUUUCUUCUUCUUGCCUCUGUCGUUCCUUUGGAUGUUUCUUGGGCGAUUUUGGCUGCUUGCUGGGCGUUCAUUUUCUUCUUUUGCUUCUUUCAUUCUUAUGUGCUUCCUCUUCACCUGAUUGACAUUGUAUUGUUUAUGUGCUGCCUAAUUUGUUUUGCAGGUACUAUGCUUGUCGUGGAUUGCUGCCUCACGUGUACGCAGGGCACAUCUUGGGUGUUUAGGUAGCUGACUUAGCCCCCUAAUUUAUUUUUCUUAUUAGGUUUGAUGCGUGUAUGGCUCCCUAAUAAGCAGUUCUCUUUGCUGCAUCAUGUUCUUCCGGUUGUUUGAUUGAUUAGAGAGCCCUGCCACAUUUAUUUACGAGAGGAGGUGCUUGAUAGAUAGGGAUUUAGUAGAAGAAACUGCUAUAUAGGGAUGGUUGUUGUGUGUUUACUAAAGAAAUUUUUGAUGCAGGCCUCGGGCUUUCUUGGGUUAAGUGAAAGAGCUAGAUUAUCCAACCAGUUCUCUUUGAGUUUGCACAUAAAACCUUCAUCUUUAGUACCUGAGCUCAGACGUCUUGUGAAUCUUUAGUACCUGUUUGUGCUCCUAUGAUGAAUUCCAUCGUUUCUGUUAUUUGAAGAGAACAAAAUGGGAUUUUCUCAAUUGGAGCUUUGGAUGAAAUUAUGAAUUUAUAGGCCUGGGAAUUUUACAUCUUCUUAUGUAUUUUUUUCUCUUUCUCAUGUUAAGUUAGCAUUUUGGUGUUGUGUGUUUCCAGAUUGUGCUCUCACUAACUUAUUUGGCCCAUGUACUAAAGAUGCACGGCUUGAUUUUAAAAUUAUGGUUACAAACACAAAGCUAAUUGGUACUCUGUUCCACACUACUGUUCCUUGGACCAUGAUCUCGCAAAAAAGAGGAAGCCAAACACAGGUACAAGUGUUUUCCUUCGCCCAAUCCAAUGGAUUUUUCUUAGGGCCGUUGACUACAUCAUUUAACCCCACAUAAAUGGUUUUGAACUAGAUAAAACUAAUUUCAUUUCUCUUUUUAUCACUAUACUUAUGUUAUCUGAAAAAGCUGGAGCGCAUAACGCUUUUAGUUUAGCCACAAGGUGCUUGAUGCUUCAGCCACAGGAAAAAAUCAAGGCCCUUUUAGUUUAUUAGCAAGCCGCUUUCAUGUAGUUUAUGCUCUUCUUCCCUUUUUCUUAUCAUACAUAAACCAAUUACUCGCUUAUUUUCAUUCCCCUAAUUACUUUGAGAUAUUCCAUACCAUAUUAUCUGAAAACAUUACCGAGUUGCUUUAAUUCAUUUUUGUUCUACUAUCUUCUUUCAGGUCCCGAUUCAAUAACUUUCUUAUAAGUUUCUCUAUUUUAUCCUAUUAGAUUCCAAAUCUGACUUUGGGCGAUUGCUUGAGGGAGUUUCCACUUCUCUUAUUGUGUGUGAUUCUUGCUAUAAUGGCCGAAUUGGUCGAGUUGUGUGCAUACUGCUGAAGCACCAGUUGAGUUUAAAUCAUCUGAAGAAUGGGACAGAAGUGAUGAUAAUAAGAUAACAAUAUUUCUUAAGCCUAUAUUUGGUUUUUCCUUCCUCUUACACUAAAAUGUGUACUCUCAUUUCUUGAGAACAGAACUAGGGCAGUGCACAUAUAUGAUUUAUUUAUUCUUCUUUCAUAUUGGAGAGAGUGGCAGUACCUUGCCGAUUACACUAAUUUUGUCCUAUUAGAGUGUUCUGUAUAUUCUCUAGCUACUUAAUGAUUUCUUUCUUGGCUAUGCUUAAUUUGGUAUUUGAGGUGCUAACAAAUAGGAGCUGGGACAGAACAGUGUCGUUUUAUUUACUUCCUCCUCCUAUUCUAAUGUUGAUGCUUUGCUUUUGUGAUUGCAGAUGGAGUUGCAAUGUUGAGAAGAUCACCAUGUUAAAAGAUGAGCAUUUAGAGUAGUGUGUGCUCGCCAAGGACCUUUUAUGCUCAUGUGUAAUCAUCAAUUCUUUUUUCCUGACAUUUAGCAUGUAGUCAACUUUCACUUGUAUGUACAAUAUAUUACCUUUCUCAGUUAUAUGACUUGCACACACAAUAUAUUGCAUCUGUAGGUCAUGUGACCUGCCUAUGGAAGAUAUGAGUGUCCUCGGAAAAUAUUAUGAUGUUUGAUCUACUAUGGUUGCCACAUUAUGCGAGUCAACAUUUAGUGAUCUACAAGUUUAGACCAUGGCACUAUGUUCAAUGCUCAGCAAAUCCACCCUUUGCAGUUGGGACGGUGGCGUGCCAGAAGGGCUAUCUUGCGAGUUGACAGGAGAGGGAGUACACCGGCGAGGCUUCUGAGAUGGCUGAGGGAUCUGUUUAGGGUUUGCUGGUUGAUUUCUCCUGGCCGGGGUCUACUUGUGCUCUUGGCUCCCAGGCCGCGCUGCUCGAAGUUGCUUCGCUGGUUUCCUUGCAGGCACCCAAGCUUUUCUUCGCGCGAUGGCAUCAGGCGCACGGAGGGAGCUCUUCUCCGUCGGUGCGAUGAACAACGACCGUGAUCUCCGUUCCACACCGUCACCAGCUAGCAAGAUGAAGCGUUCUGUCAUGAUUAGGCCGAAGGCUAUGCUUAGCGUCGUUCUUGCUGAAGCUGGUUUACCUGAGGUGAAGUACAAGACCUACGCAUCUUACCGUGGCGGUAUGGCGGCUACUGCUAUCUUCUGGCCAUCACAGUCGCGUUCGUCUACAGUGGCAGAGCAUAUGAGGAUCAAUGGUGACCCAGCUGUGGAUGCCAAUGAGGCCAUGCAAAAUGCCGCUACAUGGUGCUUGGAGCAUCUUCAGGCCACCAUGGGUAUUGAAUUUGACUGCCCUCAAAUGCAGAAAAUUAAGACCGAGAUGAAGUACCUAUCGAGCAGUGUCGACGAGAAGGAGAGGAAUAUCAGAGAUCUAAAGGUUAAGGUGGAAAAAAGGAAUCUGUGGGUCAACGGGCUUACCAAGGGCUGGGGUUCACUGGCAGAUGACCUGCUAGGUUCUGCAUAUGAUCAAGCUUUGCUUCUGACUGGUGCUUCGGUAGUUCUACAUUUUUUUAUCAUGGCUGAAAAUGCAUUCCACCGUGUAGGCUUACUCUCCUAUGAUGCUUUCUACACUCUUGUGAUAAGUAAAAGACAGUACUUUCUUUGAUCAUUUUGAUUCUGAUUAGAUCUUUAUUUCCAUUUAACUUCCUGCUAUAUCUGCAUCUCCAUUUAACUUAUUGACAC